GUCCAGUGGUUAGCGAUGCUUCUGCUGCCGUCGCUGCUGCUGCUGCUGCUGGGGGCGCCGCGGGGUUGCGCCAAGAGCGCGGCGGCGGCGCCUACCCCCGAGCGGGUCCUCGAGUGGCAGGGUAAAGGAAUAUUCGUUAUCCAAAGUGAGAGCCUCAAGAAAUGCAUUCAAGCCGGCAAAUCUGUACUGACCCUGGAGAACUGCAAACAGCCGAGCAAGUACAUGCUGUGGAAAUGGGUUUCAAACCACCGCCUCUUUAACAUAGGAGGCGGCAGUUGCCUGGGCCUGAAUUUAUCUAAUCCAGAGCAGCCAUUAAGCUUAUACGAGUGUGAUUCCACCGUCGUUUCCUUGAGAUGGCACUGUAACAGGAAGAUGAUCAGCGGCCCGCUCCAGUACAUGGUCCAAGUGGAUCCUGACAACACGCUCGUGGCCUCACGGAAAUAUCUUCAUAAGUGGAUUUCCUACAUGUCAGGCAGUGGAGGCAUUUGUGAAUAUCUGCACAAAGAUUUGUAUACAAUUAAAGGGAAUGCCCAUGGGACACCAUGCAUGUUUCCCUUCCAGUAUAACCAUCAGUGGCAUCAUGAAUGUAUCCGGGAAGGGCGGGAAGACGACUUACUGUGGUGUGCCACGACAAGCCGAUAUGAAAGAGAUGAGAAGUGGGGAUUUUGCCCAGAUCCCACAUCUACAGAGGUGGGAUGUGAUGCUGUCUGGGAGAAGGAUCCGAAUUCACACAUUUGCUACCAAUUCAACCUGCUUUCAUCUCUUUCCUGGAGCGAGGCUCAUUCGUCAUGCCAGAUGCAAGGAGGUGCUUUACUAAGUAUUGCAGAUGAGACUGAAGAGAAUUUUGUAAGGAAGCACUUGAACAGCGAAGCAGUGGAAGUGUGGAUAGGUCUGAAUCAGCUGGAUGAAAAUGCUGGCUGGCAGUGGUCUGACAGAACACCGCUCAACUAUCUGAACUGGAACCCAGAAAUAAACUUUGAGCCAUUUGCUGAAUAUCACUGUGGAACGUUUGAUCCAUUUAUGCCAAAUGGCUGGAGGAGUUGGGAUUGUGAGGCCACCCUGCCUUACGUGUGUAAAAAAUACCUAAACCACAGCGAUCACGGAGGAGUCGAAAAAGAUGCUUGGAAAUAUUAUGCUACCCACUGUGAGCCUGGCUGGAAUCCCCACAAUCGUAAUUGCUAUAAACUUCAGAAAGAAGAAAAGACCUGGGAUGAGGCUUUGCAUUCUUGCCAAUCUAAUAACAGUGUACUAAUAGACAUAGCUUCGUUAGCAGACGUGGAGUUUCUUGUUACCCUCCUUGGAGAUGAAAAUGCAUCUGAAACAUGGAUUGGUUUGAGCAGCAGUAAAAUUCCAGUUUCUUUUGAAUGGUCUAAUGGCUCCUCAGUCACCUUUACUAAUUGGCACACAUUUGAGCCCCAAAUUUUUCCAAAUAGAAGCCAUCUGUGUGUCUCAGCAGAGCAAUCUGAGGGACACUGGAAAGUUAAAAAUUGUGAAGAAACACUUUUUUACAUUUGUAAGAAAGCAGGCCACGUCCUUUCUGACACGGAAUCAGGCUGUCAAGAGGGAUGGGAGAGACAUGGUGGAUUCUGUUACAAAGUUGAUACUGUCCUUCGAAGCUUUGGCCACGCCUCCAGUGGUUAUUACUGUCCUCCUGCACUUAUAACCAUCACAAAUAGGUUUGAACAGGCUUUUAUUACCAGUUUGAUCAGUACUGUGGUAAAAACGAAGAACAGUUAUUUUUGGAUAGCUCUUCAAGACCAAAAUGACACAGGAGAAUACACUUGGAAGACAGCAGGGCCAGAGUCUGAGCCAGUGCGGUUCACACACUGGAAUGCACAUCAGCCCCGCUACAGUGGUGGUUGCGUUGUCAUGCGAGGAAGGAGUCCACCUGGUCGCUGGGAAGUGAAAGACUGUAAACACUUUAAGGCAAUGUCUCUGUGCAAGCAACCGGUGGAAAAUCAGGAGAAAACUGAGCAUGAAGAGAGAUGGCCCUUUCACCCCUGCUAUUUGGACUGGGAGUCAGAACCUGGCCUGGCCAGUUGCUUCAAGGUAUUCCAUAGUGAAAAAGUCCUGAUGAAAAGAACAUGGAGAGAAGCUGAAACAUUUUGUGAAGAAUUUGGAGCUCAUCUUGCAAGCUUUGCCCAUAUUGAGGAAGAGAAUUUUGUGAAUGAGCUUUUAUAUUCAAAAUUUAAUUGGACAGAAGAAAGGCAGUUCUGGAUUGGAUUUAAUAAAAGAAACCCGCUGAAUGCUGGCUCUUGGGAGUGGUCUGAUGGAACUCCUGUUGUCUCUUCAUUUUUAGACAAUAUUUAUUUUGGAGAAGAUGCAAGAAAUUGUGCUGUUUAUAAGGCAAAUAAAACACUCCUGCCCUUGCACUGUGGUUCCAAACGCGAAUGGAUAUGCAAGAUUCCAAGAGAUGUGAGACCCAAGAUUCCACCCUGGUACCAGUAUGAUGCACCCUGGCUCUUUUAUCAGGAUGCAGAGUACCUUUUUCAUACUCGUGCCUCGGAAUGGUCCUCCUUUGAGUUUGUCUGUGGCUGGCUGCGCAGUGAUCUUCUCACGAUUCGUUCUGCACGUGAGCAAGAAUUCAUCCACAGCAAAAUAAAAGUGCUAUCAAAGUAUGGUGUAAAUUGGUGGAUUGGACUUCGAGAAGAAAGAGCCAAUGAUGAAUUUCGCUGGAGAGAUGGUGCACCAGUAAUAUACCAGAACUGGGACAAAGGACAGAAAGGAUCUAUGAAUAAUCAGAGCCAGAGAUGUGGCUUCAUUUCAUCCAUAACAGGACUCUGGGCUAGUGAAGAGUGUUCAGUUUCUAUGCCUAGCAUCUGCAAGCGAACAAAGUUUUGGGUCAUAGAAAAAGAGAAAGAUACACCAAAACAACAUGGAACGUGUCCCAAAGGGUGGCUAUAUUUUAAUUAUAAGUGCCUUUUGGUGAAAAUCCCCAAAGACCCAAGGGAUUGGAAGAACUGGACGUCUGCUCAAGAUUUCUGUGUUGAAGAAGAGGGGACAUUGGUAGCCAUUGAAAAUGAGGUGGAGCAAGCUUUCAUUACUAUGAAUCUCUUCGGCCAGACCACUAAUGUGUGGAUAGGAUUACAAAAUGAUGAUUAUGAAAAAUGGCUAAAUGGAAAGCCUGUGGCAUAUUCUAACUGGUCUCCAUUUGAUAAAAUAAAUAUUCCAAGUCAUAACACCACCAAAGUUCAAAAACACAUUCCCCUCUGUGCCCUGCUGUCAAGUAAUCCUAAUUUUCAUUUCACUGGAAAAUGGUAUUUUGAAGACUGCGGAAAAGAAGGUUACGGGUUUGUUUGUGAAAAAAUGCAAGAUACUUCUGGACAUGGUGUAAAUACAUCUGAUAUGUAUCCAAUCCCCAAUACCUUAGAAUAUGGAAACAGAACUUACAAAAUAAUUAAUGCAAAUAUGACUUGGUAUACAGCGACAAAAACCUGCCUGAUGCAUGGAGCAGAACUGGUCAGCAUUACAGACCAGUAUCACCAGUCCUUCCUCACUGUUAUCCUCAACCGGCUAGGACAUGCCCACUGGAUUGGACUGUUCACUGCAGACAAUGGUCUUCAUUUUGACUGGUCAGAUGGCACCAAAUCCUCCUUCACUUUUUGGAAAGACGACGAGUCAUCCUUCCUGGGUGACUGUGUUUUUGCUGACACCAGUGGACGCUGGAGUAGCACAGCCUGCGAGUCAUUUCUGCAAGGAGCCAUUUGUCAUGUGCCCACUGAAACAAGAGCAUUUGGAUACCCAGAGUUGUGCUCAGAAACAUCUAUCCCGUGGAUAAAAUUCAAAAGUAAUUGCUACAGUUUUUCUACAGUCCUAGACAGUACAAGUUUUGAGACUGCUCAUGAAUUUUGCAAAAAGGAAGGAUCUAAUCUUUUGACAAUCAAGGACGAGGCUGAAAACUCAUUUCUCCUAGAAGAGCUUUCUGCUUUUGUUUCUUCUGUCCACAUGGUUUGGUUGAAUGCUCAGUUUGAUGGUGACAACGAAACCAUAAAGUGGUUUGAUGGAACUCCCACAGACCAGUCAAACUGGGGCAUUCGGAAGCCAGAGAUGGACCACGUCCAACCGCAUCUGUGUGUUGCCCUGAGGAUCCCCGAAGGAAUGUGGCAGUUAUCCCCAUGCCAAGAAAAAAAAGGAUUCAUAUGUAAAAUGGAGGCAGAUAUUCACACAGUAAAGGAACAUCCAGGAAAAGGACCAAGUCACAGCAUUGUACCUCUUGCAGUGGCGCUGACACUGAUAGUAAUUCUGGCAAUUUCCACACUUUCCUUCUGCAUAUACAAGCACAAGAGUCAUAUCUUCAGGAGACUUGCAGGGUUUGAGAAUACUUACUAUCCUACAACCAACUUUAGUACAGUCCAUUUAGAAGAGAAUAUUUUCAUUUCUGAUCUUGAGAAGAAUGACAAUAAUAAUGAAGUCAGAGAAGGCCACAGCCAUGAGGAUAAGUAAAGAAGACCAUAAGAGAGUCUCCUCUGUAUUUUCCUUUCCAGACCAGAUGCCAUUAUAAUGUGAAAUUGUGACACUAUUUGAAUUAUUCUUAAAGUGAUUACUGGUUUUGAACUGUAACCAAAUCAGAUGAGUGUUAAUUUAUUCAUUUCCCCAAACUGUGAUCUAUUCUUAAAAAGGGGAAAUUAUACAAGUCUUAUUAUUCAGAAAACAGGAGCUAUUAAAAGAAACUCCCUAUUGAAGACUCUCAAACCAAUGUGAAUAAUAGUUUUUGCAUUAAUGUUUCUACCAAAAUUUGGGGGGAAUUUUUAAACUAAUCUGGUAUCUAUUAAGACAUUUACUCACACUCAUUCUUUAAAAGAGAGAAGGGGAGAGCAAAACAAAUUUUAAAACCCUCCACUUGUAUAUGAGAGGCAAAAGAAAAGGCUUCUGAAAGGUUUCUUGUUUGUUUUUAAUGCAAUCUUUUAAAUUCAAUCAGUUUUAACUGAUUUGGGUUAAAUUCAAUCAGUUUAACUGAUUAGGUUUGGGAAAUACUAAUUUCUAAGCUUAAAACUCACAGGUUCUGGGCUCUAAACUAAUAUUUAGAGUGAUAUUCAUUUUUAUUAGUUCUCGCUUAUCAAACUAAAGGAGAAGAAAAAUAAUCUUUCUUUAAAUAGUAAAGAUCUUGGAUAGCAGCACACUUUCAUAAGCAACCACACAAUGUGGCCUAAAAUUUUCAAUUAUUAAAUGAUGACUAAGUUUGAUAGUUAAAAACGUCUUGUAGAUAAGCUUAAAGGAAUUUAUCGAGAUCUUAAUACUGUUAAAACUCAUGGGCCUUAUUUAAAACUAAAGGUAUAAAAUAAUACAUAACACUCAACAACCAAAAGAUAUAAAAUGUGACUUCAAUUUAAACAGGAAAAAUUGAAGAUCUAAAUUACAGUCCCAUUACAACCAGACUAGACGAUAUGUUGGGAAGUACUAAAUAAAUUACUCUCCAGUAGUAAUCUAAAUACAUGUGUUAUAUAAAUGAGUUUAUUUGGCGUGUUCUAGUUAGUAAACUAUCGUUUUGGGGAACCAUAUCCUUUUGUGUUGGACUAGUUAGUGGAGUCACUAGUUAGUGGAGUAAAUAAUGAUUAAAAGCAUGAUUUUGUUGUUAAUGCCGUCAAGUUGAUACCAACUCCUAGCGAUCCUGUGUACAGCAGAGUGGAACCCUUGCCCUGUCUUCCUGCGCCAUCCUCUCACCUUCUAGCACUGUAUCAGACAAUGUUCUGCUGCUAUUCAUAGCGUUUUCGUGGCCAAUUUUUUCAAAAGUGGGUGGCCAGGUCCUUCUUCCUAGUCUGUCUUAGUCUGGAAGCUCAACUGAAACCUGUUCACCAUGGGUGACCCUGCUGGUAUUUAAAAUACCAGUGGCACAGCUUUCAGCAUCACAGCAACACAUAGCCACCACCUGCCACAGUAUGACAACCAGGUGGUGUGGUUCCCGAGAAACGAACUGGGCCAUGCCAGUGAGGGUGCUGAACCUUAACCACUAGACCACCAGGGCUGGCUUAAAAGCAUGAUACUGUCCAUAAAUUAAAAAGAUUUGAUCCUCCUUCAUUAAUUUCUUAUAAGGAAACAUGACUUCAUGACCAGUAUUCAAAAGUUACUCAUUACAUAAACAUUUAUUAAGUUCCUAUUAAGAACCAAGUGCCAUUGUAGGAACUGGGGUACUGGGGUGAGCAAGUCAGUGAGAUCUGCUUUCAUUGCACUUAUUUUCUAAUGAAGGAAAACUGACAGGAACCCAGUAAAGGAAUGCAGAAGUAGAAAAUAUCAGGUGGUUAGGAAAAUUAAGUAAGGUCCCACAACAGAGAGAAGCUGAGGGACUCUCAGGGCCUCCCCAGAGUGUGCAUUUUAAUUAUUACAACCAGCUGCCUCAAAACUGGGGGCCACUAGUCACAAGGUGGAGCUCCGGGAGAAAGUGUGAAUAAAUUUCUAAGUGGAAAACCAUCAUCACUAGAAAUAGAGUUUGAAGAGCAUGCUCUAAGAAGGAAGUCCUUGUGGCCUGAAACAUUAAUACACCUUCCAAAAGCAGCUCUUUGCGACUGCUGUGUAGUUUAUAUGCUGGGACAAUCAACUUCCGUGAUUUUUUUUAUUUUGGGGGACUUUAUUUUUUAAGAGAUAUUAUAUUAUGUGGCAGUUGUAUAUUUAUGACUCAAAAGAAUAAUUGAGUUGAAUUACGCAGAUGGUAUGAAAGCCCAAUUUAACAAUCUGUCAAGUGAAAUUAAAGUUCUGUUCUUUUCAGUAGACUUGGUAAAAACUGCUAAUCAAUUAUCCUUCCUGUCAAGGUAUAUUGAAGUGGAAUAGUCACACAUAACAAUUUGACAAAAUAUGUCAUUAAUAAAGUGGU